AUGGAUUCGGGGAAUAAAGGUCAGUUACAUCCGGAACAGAAGAAAUGGAAAGCGCCAAAAGGCCCAAAACCAGUUCAUCAUAAGAAUAAAAAUUUAAUAGGUUUAGGUAGAACAAUAGCAAAUAAAAGAUCAGAAGAAAAUGCUAUACAAUACUUACCAGAUGGUGAAAUGAGAUUCACUACAGACAAGAAAGAUCCAAAUUGGGUAAAACUAAGAUCAGUCACACAAGAGAAUGCUUUGGAUGAAUUUUUAAGUACUGCACAAUUAGCAGAUACCGAUUUUAGUGCUGAAAAAGGUCAACAAGUCAAAAUUAUAAAAGUUGGAAACACAAAUAUAGUAAAUACAAAUGGUUUAUUAACCACUGAUGAAAUGUUAGCAAUGAGACAAAAGCACAUGAUGUUUGAAAACAAACUUACAAUUCCAAAAAGACCAAAAUGGAAUAAAAAUCAAAGUAAAUUAGAAAUUGAGAGGCAAGAAAACUUAUCAUUUUUAUCAUGGAGAAGAGAUUUAGCAAAUUUAACAGAAAAUAAUGAUUUAUUACUAACCCCAUUCGAACGAAAUUUGGAAGUUUGGAGACAAUUAUGGAGAGUUGUUGAAAGAUGUGAUUUAGUGGUGCAAAUUGUUGAUGCAAGAAAUCCAUUAUUUUUCAGAUCAAUAGAUUUGGAGAAAUACGUUGAUAGUUUUAAUGAAACAAAUGACUCAAAUCAUCAAAAAAGGAAUUUAUUGUUGGUGAACAAAGCUGAUUUAUUAACAAGAGAUCAAAGAAUAGCAUGGGCUCAAUAUUUAAAAGAGAAGAAUAUUAAUUAUGUAUUUUUUUCAGCUGCAAAAGCUAAUGAAUUACUAGAAAAAGAAAAAGAAGAAAUGGAACAAAUAGAACAAAAACAAGACUUAAAUGAUACAGUAAUGGAAGAAAUAGAAGAUGAAUCAAUAAAAAUUCUCAAAAUAGAAGAAUUAGAACAAUUAUUCAUGGAUUCAGCGCCAAAAUUUGAAGAAGAUCCAGAAUAUCCCGAUAGAAAAUUACAAAUUGGUUUAGUUGGUUAUCCAAAUGUUGGUAAGUCGUCAACCAUUAAUGCGUUAAUAGGUUCCAAAAAGGUAUCAGUUUCAUCAACACCAGGUAAAACCAAACAUUUUCAAACUUUACAUUUAACUCCUCAAGUACUAUUAUGUGAUUGUCCUGGUUUAGUAUUUCCAAAUUUCGCUUACACUAAUGCUGAAUUAGUAUGUAAUGGUGUAUUACCAAUCGAUCAAUUAAGAGAACAUAUCCCACCAACUGCUUUGGUAUGUCAAAGAAUACCCAAAUUUUUUUUGGAAGCAGUUUAUGGUAUUCAUAUCCCAAUACAAAAAGUUGAAGAUGGAGGUAAUGGAGAAUACCCUACAGCAAGAGAAUUAUUAAACGCGUAUGCAAGAGCAAGAGGUUACAUGACACAAGGUUUUGGGGCAGCUGAUGAACCAAGAGCUGCAAGAUAUAUACUAAAAGAUUAUGUUAAUGGAAAAUUAUUGUAUGUAAAUCCACCACCAGUAAAAUUGGAGAAUGGAGAAUGGCAAUUACUUAAUUUAUCAGAAAGUAGAGAAUUCAAUAAGGAAUUAUAUAACUUACAGCAUUUACCAGAAUCAAGACAACAACAAAUAGAACAUGCGAUGAAAAUUAGGGGGAUACCAAUACAUGAAUUUGAUUUGAAGAAAGAUUUAGCAAAAUUGAAUUUCUCAAUGCAUAUAGGAGGAGAAAAUAACAUAGAUGAAAACACCACUACAACACCAAAGACUUUAUUCUACGGUGGUAAACAAGCUAAAUUAGAAAGCGCAGGUGAUGAUUUGGAUGAAGAAUUUUUCGCAAUGAAUAAUAUAGAAGGUAAAAUUAACUCACCAUUCCAUAAGAAGACUAUAAGUUUACCCACUAAAUCUGAUAAGAAACAUAAUAAAAAGAAUAAGAAGCAAGAUAAGAAACUAAGGGUUGUUGGGUAUUAA